AUGCUUACUGUCGAUGUUUACCAUGGUGGGAACUUUGUCCCUAAGCCAUUAGUGUACUUUAAUCCUUUGAAAAAAUCUGUUACGGGAGUUGAUUUCAAAAACAUGGGGUUUAAGGAGUUCAUCUUACAGCCUCGAAAAUUAACCAAGGAAAGGUGCACUGAUGUAUAUUAUUGUCUUCAAAAUCGGUCUGUGGUAGAUGGAUUGAGAGAACUAAGAGAUGAUAAUGACUAUGUAAGGUUUCUUGAUGCUGGGUAUGCCAAUGAUUGUAAAAUCAAUGUGUACAUUGAUGAAUAUCAAGAGCCAAUCAUGGAGUGGAUUGACGAAGAAAAAGCUGAAGAAUGGGACACAGAAAGUGAUGAAUAUGAGGAUGAUGUAGACUCAAUCAUGUCAGAUGAUAUAUCAGUGGACCAUGAACUUGAUGAUGAAGUUAUUCCAUUAAAGAAAUCUACAGAUCCGUUUUUGGCCCACACAAAUGUUAUUCCAAAGGGAGGGGCUAAUGAUGAAGAUAGUGGCAGCACAGAUGAAGUUUACUUUCCUGUUCAUGAUCCUAACCAACAAUGGGACACAAUGAAACCUGUCUUAGUUACAAAUGAAGUACCAGAAGACGCGUUUGUGGCAGAUGAAGUAGAAGACAAUGAGGAGGAGUAUGUAGCGGAUGACGUACAAGACCAGGAGGAGGAGUAUGUGGCAGAUGAAGUUGAAGACCAUGAGGAGGGUUAUGUCGCAGAUGAACCUGUUGUUGAUGUGGGGGGAAGCAGGGAAAACAUUAGCAGUGUGAAGAAGAGAAAAGGCCCUUCUGAGAGAAUCAUAAAGAUGAAGCUGAAGAGAAGGGUGGGCGGUACUGAGGAUAAUAUUGGAAACCCAGUUAAUUUAAGUUAG